AUGGGCAUCUCUAUGAAGAGUGACUCGGCGACUAAAGAGUACCACAUCCACAAGGUGUUUCUCUUUUGCAACUACAUACUCUUGGGUGCAGCCUCAAGUUGCAUAUUCCUCACCCUCUCCCUUCGCCUCCUACCCUCACUCGGUGGCAUGUUCUUGAUUCUCCUCCACAUAUUCACCAUUGCAGGGGCUAUCUCAGGAUGUGCAGCUGUCUCAUCAGGGACUGGCCCAUUGUAUUCUGUUCACAUGGUAGCCACCGUGCUCACUGCCAUAUUUCAGGGUUCAGUUUCUGUGUUGAUUUUCACACGAACUGAUAGUUUUCUUAGCCAGUUGAAAUCUUACGUGAGAGAAGAGGAUGCCUCUGUGAUUCUCAAACUAGCUGGUGGACUCACUAUUUUGAUCUUUUGCUUAGAAUGGGUGGUUUUGACCCUCGCUUUUUUCUUGAAGUAUUACUCUUACGUUGAAGCUGAUGGUGGUGCCAAGGUGCAGCCACAAGAGGAUUUGAAUGAUUGGCCAAGGCCUUUCCAAGUUUAA